AUGUCGAUGAAAAACAGUGCAAAACCGAGCAAAAAGGCUGCGUAUAACAUAAAGCUUGGUUUGACUCCCGAUGUUGUUGAGGAGGAGGAACAUGUAGAACCCAGAUCUAGUGAAGUCAUCGUUCAGGAAAACGUGUUACUUGACAACUUUCUGACUUACCGCGAAAGGGACGUGAGGCUUCCGGUUCGCGUAUAUCUAUAUAAUGGAAAAAUCAUAAUCAACGAAAUACCUACAGUGAUCCGCGCAAGGGUAUCAGCAACAAUCAAGGGAGAACUUUAUAGCUGA